AUGGCCAGCUCGUCUUCGUACCGUAGGUGGGAGCCGCUUUCCAAACUCCUCUACGGACUAGCAACCCAUCCCUUUUCGCCAGAGACGGAAGCGCUCGAAUCGUCGACCAUUCCGAUCGAGUCGCUUCCAGCAGAGAUCGUGCAAAACCUACAGGAGAAUCUCAUUGCACUCGAGCUUGGAGAUGAGGUCUACGUCUUCGAGCAGCUCGGCCACACCGAUGUCAGUUGGUAUCGAGGCUACGUCGUCUCCACAAACCGCCUCGCAACGACCGCCACGAGCGCCAGCAGCCUUAGCGAUUACAGCACAUUCCAUGCACUCGGUCAGCAAAACAACACUUUGGCCACCGAGGAACCGCAGGUAUACGUCGGGGUGUUUCCUGCCACACAUGUCCACAUCCGCGAGCAGCUCGACGAUGCAGAGAUGCGCCUGUCCUCCGUCUACGAGCAUGCCAAGCAACUCGGUGUAGUCGGUGCAACAGCUCCACUACCACGGCAGAAGAGAAACAUGGAUACCUUGCCCGAACUUGACGAAUCCACGUCCCAGCCGUCCAGUCCUCAUCAGCGGGAUACAGCUCAGCUCGCUUCCAUCGAAGCAGUAAGUCAGGAGAUUGGAGCCAACGGUCAGCUCGUCGAACGUCCACCGCCCCCGCUUCCAAGCCUCAAAUGCGGCGACGAGACAUCAGCGGGAGCGCUCGAGCCCUUGGUGGACGAAAUCGCAUGCGCGCUGCGAGAAUGGUCGGCUCUCACGUACACCUACCUGGGACAACGCGACUAUGAUCUUCUGGCUACCGUCAAGGAUCACAUCGAGGUCCUCUUCAUGGCACGUAAACAGCUCCUCGCACAAACUUUGUCAGCCGAAGAGGUUAGCAAACUUAGGAGGGAAUGUGUCGCUCGGCUGGUCAAGGCGAAUGUGGCGCAAGGGCUCGACGUGAUCGUGCGCCACCCGGGUCGAGGCGGUCUGCUCGACUUUGAUCUCAAGAGCAAGGAUGCCGACCCUGACAGCUGGGUCAGUGGCGUUCGUCUUUUUGCUCUCCAGACCGCGUUAGCUUACGUAGAUCACCAGCUAGAUGCUUCGAGCACCGCUGCCCCGGGCGGCAUGGAUCUGUCCGCAUCGAGCGCUUUCGGCAUCACUUCUCCGACCACAGCCAGUGCAGGUGUGCUUGCGGGCAUCUCCAACAACCCUUCCCGCCAUCCAACAUCGUCGACGCGGCAGGAUGCCGUCUCGAUCCCGCAGCGAGAUCGACUUGGCUCCGCUGCUUCCUACAACCCUCGCGGGCGCGACGAUGGCGCCGUUGCCUCAGCUGGCACGGCCAAAUACUUUCACGUCUUGGUGGAUCUCCGCGUCUUCGUUGCCACCCCGUGCUCUGCUGGCGAGAUGAUCGAGCUCUACUUCUCGCUCUACAAUCGCGCAGAAUCGCGAUUCCUCACCGAAGACUUCUGCGUCGUGCUUAAUCACCGGGGUGUUCCCGUCCGAGAUUCAACCGGAACGCCCGGCAAGAUGCACGCCCUCUUCACUGAACUCAGCGCUAGCGAUAUGCAGGAUCUCAACGUAGUGUGCCGCAUCGUAAGGAAUGGCAGCAUGCGCGUCGGUGACAUCAGAGCCACGCCCUCGGGAGCAGCGGGACAGGACCAAGUGCACGAUCGCCCCGAUUCUUUUGCCGAUCCAUCACUGGCCAACACCCCAGGUUUCCGACCGAAACGGAUGGUUGGAGACCAUUCGUUCCGCAGACCCUUUGGAUGCGCUGUCGUCGAACUCGGCCAGCACCAUCAUUUCCAGACCGAUAUGGUUUCCUCCUCCACCAUGAGGGAGCACGUCAUGCCCAUCUUUGUACCGGUGAAUGAAGCCGCGUUCAGCACGCUCCAUCAGGAUAUCAUUGCAUCGAGGACCCGCGAGUUCGAAAAGUCGCCACGCGCCGACAUGCUGGCGGUCAAUGUCAAGGUGUUCCACGGAGAGACGUCCGCCGUCGUCCGUGAAAAUCCUUCGCUGCUUCAGAAUGCAGCACCCACCGCUCGUCUCGGCUUCCCUGACGUCGUGUUCCCCGGUGAUCAACGUAACGAAGCCUACAUCAAGCUCUGGAGCGGCGAAUUCUACCCUUCAGGGAGCAAGAUGGCAGGCAAUUCGCUCAGGAACAUUCAGGUCUCGGCCGAGGUGCGUACCCGAGACGGUCGCGUCGUUCAAGACGUCGUGUCUCGUGGUGCGGGCGAGGCGCUGCUCACGCAGUUCGACAGUCUCGUGUUUUACCAUCAGAAUGCGCCGACUUGGGGCGAGCUCAUCAAACUGCAGCUUCCGCACGACAUCAUGGAGGACUGCCACCUUUUCUUCUCCUUCCGUCAUCGUAGCUCCAAGCAGGAACGAAGCUCGGCGACAGCCAGCAACGGCGGCAACGGCAGUCCCGCCCCACCAUCGAGCUCGCUGCGACCCUUUGCUUACGGAUAUCUUCCUUUGUUCGAGUCGAGCCGAGCCUUCAUUCCAGAUGGAAGUCACACGCUCUUCCUUUGGCGAACGAACCGUCCGCCCGCCCAAGUCGGUCCGGAUCUCUACUUCAACCUGCCGCCGGUGACGCCUGCAGGGCGCAAUCUCAACGAGGUGGUGCCUGCCAGCCUUGCGUCCACCGUUCAGCCUCUCCGCGACAUUCUUACCUUGCGCACCUUCCUCGUCUCGACAAGGUACUCUCAGAACGACGUUCUGCUCAAGCUGCUCAACUGGGAGCGACUCCUUGCCGAUGACUUUGAGGAGCUUCGGAGUGUGCUCAACCAGUUCACCUUUGUCGGGGAAGUCGAGAUCGUCAAGUUCCUGCGCGACAUCUUUGAUUCGCUCUUUGGCAUCGCUACCAGCAGCCGCAACAGCCGCGGCGAGCUCGACGAUCUCGUGUUCAACAGUCUCGUCACUGUGCUCGGUAUAGUGCAGGACCGCCGUUUCAACAACUUCCGCGCUACGCUCGAUGUCUACAUCGAACGCCAUUUCAAGUUUACGACUGCGCACAACAAGCUCAUCGCCUCCAUGUCUAAGCUCAUGGCGGAUCCAUCGCGACCGGAGACGUCCAAGAAUCUUCGUGCUGCCAUCAAGGUAUGGCCGUACCUGUUCAAGUUCGCCAUUCAGAGCCGCGAAAACCAGAGAGGCGACCGCGACGUUGGCGGAGGCGCUGUCUUGGAUCACGUCGAAGCUGGUUUCAAGCGCGAACUCGAGGGACUGCUUCGCAGCAUCAACCAGCUCAUGAGCGCCACCAAGCCAUCGUCCAUCAUCGGCACCCAGACGCUGGCCCUUCAGCAUUUUGCAGGCAUUCUGCCUGACCUCGCUCGCAUCUUUACCACCGACGAGCUGGUGCGAACUGCCACCGCUUUUGCAGAUAGCGUCUUUAUCACCAAGGGCAAGAUGGCCAUCUGGAAGCUGCUUCACAUUCUGCAGCUCGCGCAAGGCCCACUGUUCGAAGUGCAAGAGUCGCGUUCCCAGCUUAUCCCAAGCGUGGUCCGUUGGAUCCGGCCGCAUCUCGGGCAAUACGAUGAAGGUGCGCAUGUGCCAGCCAAUGCCCACGAGAACGCUCGCGAUGCCGCCAGAGUGUCGUGGCUCGAGGCGGCACGACUCGCCGUCACCAUCGUGGCUGUCAUCCUGGAUCAUCUGCAGGUGAGCUUGGCUUCCGCUCCACAGGAGGGCAAUGCUGCUCGCGGCAACGGUCACACCAAGGCUCGUCAGGAGCAGGACGACGUCGACUACCUGCUCAGCUUGAUGCCCAAGCUCCUUGAGACCUACCGAGAGAUGUCCAGCCGGUCCACGAUCCGAACGCUUGAGCGACAUCGGGCUCCUUCAACUACGCCGUCGCCCGUACCUGUCGUCUUUCCAUCCAGCUAUCCAUUCCCGCUCGUCGCAAAGCGGCCGCAAGGCGAUGCUUCCGUAAGCAACGGACCUUCGUCCCGUCGCGACCGCCGGCAUGACCGCACCGAGUUCCUUCACUGCGGCCUGAUUGAGGUGGCCGCUGUACUGAUGGUCCUGCUCGUGCUCAGCCCAAGAAAGCAUCUUUCGAGCUUCCUUGAAGAGGAGAGGGACCUCGGUGGCGAUGAACGAGCAUCCACGGUCCUGCUCGAUUUUUUCCACGUCGCCACUUCCAUCCUGUCCUAUGAGGCUUUCCCAAGCACCUGGCUCAACCUGAACAUCUUCAGUCAUCAGAUGGUCCUCAAGAUGGCCGAUCCGAUCGCAUCCAUCAUGGUCCGUCACUACAUUCCCUCUGCCGAACAAAGCGACAAGUUCGACACGACGUUGUGGCGGUCGUGCCUCACCAUGGUGUUAACCUUGCUGUCGAGCGACCAGCUCGUCAUCGAGCAGUUCAAACCGCAGAGGCGCAGGGCCGUCUGGAGGCUCGCUGGAGAUAUCCGAGGCGAGGGAGCUCAGAUUUUUGCCAAACUCUGGACAUCCAUCGGAUGGCCGGAGAAGGCGGGGGAUCAAGUCAGCGACGAUGCGGCAAGCCAGCCUGACGAGCGCAUGAACACAGGCGGGUUCCAGGUGCAGUUCGUUCCAUCGCUUGUCGAGCCCGUCCUCGAGCUGUGUCUGUCGCAUCACGACGAGCUGAGAACAUGUGCCGUGCGCGUUUUGGCCACCAUGAUCACCUCCGAAUGGCAUCUGAACGGCGAUUUCAGCGUCAUCGAGGCGGAGAUCAUCGAUAAGCUCGACAUCCUGUUCAUGACGCACACCAAAGGCGACGAGAUCUCGCGUGCCUUCUUCAUCGGUCAGCUGCGCGCCCUCUUUGACGACCCGAACGUCGAUGCUGGUCUGCGCGAGCAGGUCAAUGCUUGCUUGGUCUCGGUCAAUCGCUUCCUAGAUCUGCUGUUGAGCGUGCGGAGCCUGCCUUUGGAAGAGGGCUACGAGGAUGACCGCAUUGCCGGUACCCUCAAGCUGCUCGGAUUCCUGCGACAAGCCAAUAGGGUCUCGGCCUUCUCGACGCACGUGCUACGCCUCGUGAAUCUGCACCUCGAGAAUCUCAACUACGUCGAAGCGGCGCUGACUCUGAAACUGCACGCCGAUCUUCACUCGUGGGACAUGGAUAGCUUCGUCGAGCCGAUCCUGGACCUCGGUCUGCCACGCCAGUCCCAUUUCGCCCGAAAGGAGACGCUGUACAUGCUCAUCCUCGACUACCUCGGCAGAGGCCAAGCCUGGGAGAUCUCGGUCGACAUCUGCCGCGAACUCGCGCAGCAGUACGAGUACCGCUCGGUGAACUACGAGCGCCUGGCCGAGGUGCUGCAGCACCAAGCCACGCUGUACCAGAAGAUCGCGAGCGAGGAACGCGUGUUCCCGGCUUACUUCCGCGUCGCCUACUACGGCCAACAGUGGCCACCUGCGCUGCAGGACAAGAUGUUUGUCUACCGUGGUAACGACUGGGAGAAGUUCGCCGCGUUUUGCGAUCGCCUGCACGCGAAACAUCCCAACGCCACCCUCAUCAUGAGCGCAGCGGUGCCCGAUGAGGACGUACGCUUCUCCGAUGGCCAAUUCGUGCAGGUCACAGCCGUCCAGCCGGAGCCGGACCGUUCCAAGGACAUUUUUACCAACGCCGAGGUGCCCCCUGCGGUGCGCGCCUAUUACGAGAACAGCGGCACCGACCUCUUCUCGUUUGCGAGGCCGCUCAGCAAGGCUGGCGUGUCGCCUUCAGAACAGUGGACGGAGAAGACGUAUCUGCGCUGCGAGGAUGCGUUCCCCACGGUGCUGCGACGCAGCGAGGUGGCUGAGGUGUACGUGGUCGAGAUCAGUCCGCUGGAAAAGGCGGUGGAAGAGGUGAAGGCUAAGACCGCCGAGCUCGUGACGUUGGAGAAUAAGUACACGUCGAUUCGCAAGGUGUCGACGGGCAAGAUCAACACGAAUCGGUUGUCGAUGGCGCUCAACAGUGCCGUGGAUGCGCCAGCCGAUAGCGGUGUGCCGAUGUACAAGCGCACCUUCUUCGCUCCCGAGUACUUGUCUACGCACGAGGAUCAGCGAGAGGCUGUCGAUGGUUUAAGGCAGGCCGUCGAAGUCGAAGCAGCGGUGCUGUUCCGCUGCAUCCGUCUGCAUGCCCAGCUGUGCCCGCCCGAGAUGAAGCCGUUCCACGAGAUGCUGGAACGCUUCUUCCUACAGAACUUUAGCGAAGAGAUCCAGCGUCUGGAACUCGAUGUGCGACAGCUCGGCGGGCCAGCCUCCACGUCGUCGGACCGCACCAGGGCCGUGAGUAGCAGCACGGAAGAGGAUUCGAGGGGAUUGCCGGAGCGAACGAUGAGCAAAGGAUUCACCACAGGCAUGGGAGCGAUGGAUGGCUCUGCCAACGGCGCAGGUUUCUCGGCAGCCGAGGAAGGCAGACAGGAUCUGCAGACGAACGCACAGACUGGACGUCGAGGCAUCGCGACACCCUCUCCGCUGCAGCGCCACAUCGCCUCCCUGACGAGGCAGGUGGACUCGCCGGCGGCGACCAGAGAGGAAGCGACCGCGGCAGCGGCGGUCCCCGGCGCUGCCUUGAGUCGAUCCGCACUCAACACCUCGCUGACCGUGGGCGGUGGCAGCUCGUACGCUGAUCGAUCUGUGUCGACGCACGCGAGCAACGUCCUGCCUUCCAUCACGGAAGAUUCGCUCGGUGGUGUCGCUGACAUGCCGGCAGCUGCCCCAGCCAUCCCGAGUGACGCACGAGCCUACGGCGGCAUUAGCAGCGGCGGUGCGGCCGGGGCGGACAACUCGAUUUACAGCAGCACCAGCAAGCAGUCCAUCUCUCGGCACGACUCGAACUACUCGAUUGCGACCAUGGGAUCAGUCAAGGGAUUGAGCACCUCGGGAUCCAAACAAUCUUUGAGCUCUGGACCUGGGAACCGCUUGAGCAAGCUCAUGGGUGGCGUCGGCCGAAGAAAAGCCUCUAAUUCAUAA